AUGGUUAGCCGCUUAUUCUAUCGAUACGCGGAAUACUCGAUUCUCCUUUCACGCGCUAUGGAUUUUUCUGAUAUAUCUAGGGACCCUCGCUAUUUUUCUAAAAGAAAAAAGACAUUACCAACUCGUUCAGUUGGUGACCUUUUUAAAGAUGUGGAACCUGAGAAUGUUCCUAGAGAUAAAAGAGGGCGGCCAUGGUCGACUAACCCGACAGAAUACGCUAAAAAGCAGAUAGCCUUGAUGAGUAAAAGGAAAGCUACUGACAGUGGCUCUUCAACUCAAAGUGACGAUCACGAGUAUUCUAGUGAGAGCUCUUCCGAUGAACAAAAUGAAUUUGAACUUACUGGGGCAGAUCUAGAAGACCUACAAGAUGCGCCUACUACUGAUGAGGCAACCAGGCGGCUAGCCAUUUUACAUUUCGAUUGGGACAAUAGCCGUGUCGAGGACAUUUACUCUGUUCUCGAAUCUUUUCUUCCUCCAGGAGGUGUUAUCGACAAAGUAACGAUUCAUACGGUUAUGUAUUAA